AUGGAACUGCCCUUUAAGUCUCUGGAAACGACUCAUUUCCGUCGGUUCACUCCCGAGUCACUGGUGGAGAUUGAGAAGCAAAUUGCGGCCGAGCAGGCAGCCAGGAAAGCGAGAGAUAAGCACCGGGAGAAGGAUGCAGAAGGGAAGCCUCGGCCCCAGCUAGACUUGAGAGCCUGCAACCAGCUGCCCAAGUUCUAUGGCGAGCUCCCGGUGGAGCUGGUAGGGGAGCCACUGGAGGACCUGGACUCCUACUACCGCACCCACCGGACAUUUAUGGUGCUGAACAAAAGGAGGACUAUUUCCCGGUUUAGUGCCACUAGGGCCCUGUGGCUCUUCACGCCUUUCCACCGGAUCAGAAGAACGGCCAUCAAAGUGUCCGUCCACUCAUGGUUCACUUUUUUUAUUACAAUCACUAUUUUGGUCAACUGUGCGUGCAUGACUCAAACGGAACUUCCAGAUAAACUCGAGUAUGUCUUCACCAUCAUUUACACGUUUGAGGCCUUGAUAAAGAUACUGGCGAGAGGAUUUUGUCUAAAUGAGUUCACUUACCUGAGAGAUCCUUGGAACUGGCUGGACUUCGGUGUUAUUACCCUGGCAUACAUUGGCGAAGCAAUAGACUUUCGAGGAAUCUCAGGCCUGCGGACAUUCAGAGUUCUUAGAGCUUUAAAAACAGUUUCUGUGAUCCCAGGGCUGAAGGUCAUCGUGGGGGCCCUGAUCCACUCCGUGAAGAAACUGGCGGAUGUGACGAUCCUCACCAUCUUCUUCCUGAGUGUCUUUGCUCUGAUGGGCCUGCAGCUCUUCAAGGGCAACCUCAAGAACAAAUGUGUGAAGAACUGCAUGCUUCUUAAUCAGACAGCCAAUGACUCUUCGGAGCCCCGCGAGUGGGAUUUCUGCCACAAGGACGGAGAUUUCCUCAUCAAUAAGUCGGGAACCUUUGAUCCCUUACUGUGUGGCAAUGGAACGGAUGCCGGCCACUGCCCUGAGGGCUAUCUCUGCCUUAAAACAGCUGGCAACCCGGACUUUAACUACACGAGCUUUGAUUCCUUUUCUUGGGCCUUCCUCUCACUGUUCCGUCUCAUGACACAGGAUUCCUGGGAACGCCUCUACCAACAGACGCUGAGGGCUUCUGGGAAAAUCUAUAUGAUCUUUUUUGUCCUUGUCAUCUUCUUGGGAUCCUUCUACCUGGUCAACCUGAUCUUGGCUGUGGUCACCAUGGCCUAUGAAGAGCAGAACCAGGCUACCCUGGAUGAAAUCGAAGCCAAGGAGAAGAAUUUCCAGGAGACCCUUGAGCUGCUCCGGAAGGAACAGGAGGUCCUGGCAGCCAUGGGGAUCGACACGGCCUCCCUCCACUCCCACAAUGAAUCACCUUUAACGUCCAAAAGUGCCGGCGAGAAGAGGCCCAGGAUGAAGCCGAGAGUGUCCGAGGGCUCUACGGACGACAACAAAUCGCUCCAGUCUGAGCCUCACAACCAGCGCCGAAUGUCUUUCUUAGGCCUUGCCUCUGGGAGACGCCGCACUAGCCAUGGAAGUAUCUUCCAUUUCCGGGCUCCUGGCCGAGACUUCUCCUUCCCUGAGGGGGUCACCGAUGACGGAGUCUUCUCCGGAGAUGGUGAAAGUCAUCGAAGUUCUACACUGCUGGGUGGGAGCACUGGCCAGAAAAGUCCCCUCCCUAGAAGCUUGCUGCCUCAGCUCUCCAACUCUGGCUCAGGACAUGGAGAAGAUGGACAGUACGCAUUGCCCUCUAAUGAGCUCACCCCUGGAACCACAGAUGUAUCGGCACCAAACACAGGACAGAAGGCUUUCUUGUCAGCCGAAUACUUGAAUGAACCGUUCAGAGCCCAGAGGGCAAUGAGUGUGGUCAGCAUCAUGACCUCUGUCCUUGAGGAACUCGGAGAGUCCAAGCAGAGGUGCCCACCCUGCUUCACCAGCUUGGCUGAGAAAUACCUGAUCUGGAAGUGCAGCCCCACGUGGGGGAAGCUCAAGAGUGUCUUCUUCAGGAUCGUCACGGACCCCUUUGCCGAGCUCACCAUCACCUUGUGCAUCGUGGUGAACACCAUCUUCAUGGCUUUGGAGCACCACGGCAUGAGCCCCUGGUUCGAAUCCAUGCUGCAGAUAGGCAACAUUGUCUUCACCGUGUUCUUCACUGCCGAAAUGGUCUUCAAGAUCAUUGCCUUUGACCCCUACUAUUACUUCCAGAAGUGGUGGAAUAUCUUCGACUGCAUCAUCGUCACUGUUAGCCUGGUGGAGCUGGGCUUAGCCAAGAAGGGGAGCCUGUCUGUGCUGCGGACUUUCCGCCUGCUGCGGGUCUUCAAGCUGGCCAAGUCCUGGCCAACCUUAAACACGCUCAUUAAGAUCAUCGGCAACUCGGUGGGGGCGCUGUGGAACCUCACCAUGAUCCUGGCCAUCAUUGUCUUUGUCUUCGCGCUGGUUGGCAAGCAACUCCUCGGGGAGCACUACGAGAAACGGUACAACAUCUCUAUUGCCCCUCAGGACGGGCCCCGCUGGCACAUGUACGACUUCUUCCACUCUUUCCUCAUCGUCUUCCGCAUCCUCUGCGGGGAGUGGAUCGAGAACAUGUGGGUCUGCAUGGAAGUCAGCCAGAAGUCCGUAUGCCUCAUCCUGUUCUUGAUGGUGAUGGUGCUGGGGAACCUGGUGGUGCUCAACCUGUUUAUCGCCCUGCUGCUCAACUCCUUCAGUGCGGACAACCUCACGGCCCCAGAGGACGACGGGGAGGUGAACAACCUGCAAGUGGCGCUGGCCCGGAUCCAGGCCAUCGGCAGUCGCACCAAGCAGGCCUUCUGCAACUUCUUCCGCAUGCCCUGCCUUCUCCCCCGGCCCAAGCCCGAGACCCAGAUCGUGGUGAAGCUCCCCCUGUCGAGCCCCAAAGCUGAGAACCACAUUGCUGCUGACACUGCCCCCAUGGGGAGCCCUGCCGGCUCCCCAGCUCCCAGAGGCCCCGGGGAGGAGCUCAGCAACUUCAUAGCCAACCCCAGUGUGUGGGUCUCGGUCCCCAUUGCCGAGGGUGAAUCUGACCUCGAUGAUUUGGAAGAUGAGAAUGAAGAGGAUGCUCGGAGCUCGAGACAAGAAGAGGCCUCCACGGAGGAGCAGCUGCAGCAAGUGGACAGGUGUGAGGACCUGACAUCCAAGAGCCCAGGCUCGGGGACGUCCUCUGAGGACCUGGCUCCGUACCUGGGGGAGAAGUGUGAAGCCCAGGCCAGCCCCAGGGACCCUGCAGAGGCAAUGGGAGACACCAGCUCCUCCGAGGGCAGCACGGUGGACUUCCCGGAUCCUGAGGAGAUUCUGAGGAAGAUCCCUGAGCUGGCGGAUGACCUGGAAGAGCCAGAGGACUGCUUCACAGAAGGCUGCAUGCGCCGCUGUCCCUGCUGCAGAGUGGACAUUGCCAAGGCUCCGUGGGGCGUCGGCUGGCAGCUGCGAAAGACCUGCUACCGCAUCGUGGAGCACAGCUGGUUCGAGAGCUUCAUCAUCUUCAUGAUCCUGCUCAGUAGUGGAGCGCUGGCCUUCGAAGACUUUUACCUGGAGCAGAAGCCCACCGUGAAGGCCCUGCUGGAGUACACUGACAAGGUGUUCACGUUCAUCUUCGUGUUCGAGAUGCUGCUCAAGUGGGUGGCCUACGGCUUCAAGAAGUACUUCACCAACGCCUGGUGCUGGCUCGACUUCCUCAUCGUGAAUAUCUCAUUGACAAGCCUCAUAGCAAAGAUCCUGGAGUAUUCUGAAAUGGCACCCAUCAAAGCCCUUCGGACCCUCCGUGCCCUGCGGCCGCUGCGGGCUCUGUCUCGAUUUGAAGGCAUGCGGGUGGUUGUAGACGCCUUGGUGGGUGCCAUCCCCUCCAUCAUGAACGUCCUCCUGGUCUGCCUCAUCUUCUGGCUCAUCUUCAGCAUCAUGGGCGUGAACCUCUUUGCGGGCAAGUUUUGGAGAUGCAUCAACACCACCAACGGAGAGUUUACUCCUGUGCCCUAUGCUCUGAUUAACAACAAGUCUGAGUGUAAGCAGCAAAAUGACACCGGCAACUUCUUCUGGGUCAACGUGAAGGUCAACUUUGAUAAUGUUGCCAUGGGCUACCUUGCCCUUCUUCAGGUGGCAACUUUCAAAGGCUGGAUGGACAUCAUGUAUGCGGCUGUUGAUUCCCGAGAGGUGGACAUGCAGCCCAAGUGGGAAGACAACUUGUACAUGUACUUCUACUUCGUCAUCUUCAUCAUUUUUGGCGGCUUCUUCACACUGAACCUCUUUGUUGGAGUCAUCAUCGAUAACUUCAAUCAACAAAAGAAAAAGUUAGGGGGCCAGGACAUCUUCAUGACGGAGGAGCAGAAGAAGUACUACAACGCGAUGAAGAAGCUGGGCUCCAAGAAGCCCCAGAAGCCCAUCCCACGGCCCCUGAACAAAUACCAAGGCUUCGUCUUUGACAUUGUGACAAAACAAGCUUUUGACAUCACCAUCAUGGUCCUCAUCUGCCUCAACAUGAUCUCCAUGAUGAUAGAGACUGAUGAUCAGAGUGAAGAAAAGACCAAAGUCCUCAACAAGAUCAACCAGUUCUUCGUGGCUGUCUUCACGGGGGAGUGUCUCAUGAAGAUGUUCGCCCUGAGACAAUACUACUUCACCAAUGGCUGGAAUGUGUUUGACUUCAUUGUCGUGGUUCUGUCCAUUGCAAGCCUGGUGGUUUCUACAAUCGUCAAGUCAUUUGAAAGUUACUUCUCGCCCACGCUCUUACGAGUCAUCCGGCUGGCCCGCAUCGGCCGCAUCCUCAGGCUGAUCCGAGCGGCCAAGGGGAUCCGGACGCUGCUCUUCGCCCUCAUGAUGUCCCUGCCGGCGCUCUUCAACAUCGGCCUGCUCCUCUUCCUCGUCAUGUUCAUCUACUCCAUCUUCGGCAUGGCCAACUUCCCCUACGUCAAGUGGGAGGCGGGCAUCGACGACAUGUUCAACUUCCAGACCUUCGCCAACAGCAUGCUGUGCCUCUUCCAGAUCACCACGUCGGCGGGCUGGGACGGCCUGCUCAGCCCCAUCCUCAACACAGGGCCCCCCUUCUGCGACCCCAACCUGCCCAACAACAACAGCUCCCGGGGGAACUGUGGGAGCCCGGCGGUGGGCAUCAUCUUCUUCACCACCUACCUCAUCAUCUCCUUCCUCAUCGUGGUCAACAUGUACAUCGCAGUGAUUCUGGAGAACUUCAAUGUCGCCACGGAGGAGAGCACCGAGCCCCUGAGCGAGGACGACUUCGACAUGUUCUACGAGACCUGGGAGAGGUUUGACCCAGAGGCCACCCAGUUCAUUACCUUUUCUGCCCUCUCUGAUUUUGCAGACACCCUCUCGGGCCCUCUACGAAUCCCCAAACCUAAUCGGAAUACAUUAAUCCAGAUGGAUCUGCCCCUGGUCCCUGGAGACAAGAUCCACUGUUUGGAUAUCCUCUUUGCCUUCACCAAGAAUGUCCUGGGAGAAUCUGGGGAGCUGGAUUCUCUGAAGGCGAAUAUGGAAGAGAAGUUUAUGGCAACAAAUCUUUCAAAGGCGUCCUACGAGCCAAUAGCGAACACCCUGCGGUGGAAGCAAGAAGAUAUUUCAGCUACCGUCAUCCAAAAGGCCUAUCGCUGCUACAUGCUCCAUCGUGCUAUGAUCAUCUCCGACCCCUCGAGGGUGCCGCGGGCUGAAGAGGAGGCUGUGACACCCGCAGACGAAGGCUUUGUUGCCUUCCUGGAGAAUGACGAUGGUAUGCUCCCAGACAAAUCUGCAUCUACAUCUGCCACGUCCUUCCCACCAUCUUACGACAGUGUCACUAGAGGCCUGAGUGACAAAGCCCACCUGAGCACAUCUAACUCCAUGCAAAAGGAGGAUGAAGCCAUCAGUCAAGACGAACCUGCCCUGGGGCCCCAGUGA